AUGGGAGAUUUGCCUGCUUCCCGUGUGACGCCAGGCAAACCAUUUGAAAAAUGCGGAAUUGACUUCUGUGGGCCUAUUUCUACUUAUUUGAAAAUUCGAGGAAAACAGCCCUAUAAAUGUUAUAUAGCAAUUUUCGUGUGUUUCACAACUAAAGCCGUUCAUAUUGAAGCAGUAACAGAUCUGUCAUCAAAUGCAUUUAUUGCAGCGCUAAAAAGAUUCAUUGGUCGCAAAGGACUACCUGCAGAAAUUUAUUGUGAUAACGCUACGAAUUUUGUAGGAGCCAAUACAAAAUUGGUUGAACUUAAACGAAGCUUUACUAGUGAAGCGUAUAAAAAUCAUGUCAUUAAUUUCUGUUCAAAUAAAUCAAUAUCCUUUAACUUUAUUCCACCUAGAGCACCACAUUUUGGAGGUAUCUGGGAGGCCGCCGUGAAGUCUGCAAAGGGGCACAUGUAUCGUACGCUGGUGAACAGCAAGUUAACAUAUGAAGAGCUCACUACCGUUCUCGUAGAAAUCGAAGCAAUCUUGAAUUCCAGACCGAUUUCACCUGUGUCGUGGGAUGCGAAUGACCUCGAAGCUUUGACACCAGGUCAUUUUUUGAUUGGGUGUCCCAUGAACUGCAUCAGUGAACCAAACAUUAAUCAAAAUGUAGAAGUGUCAUACCUCGAACGAUGGCGGCGCAUUAGUGCAGUGAAACAACAAUUUUGGAGCAGGUGGUCAAACGAGUAUCUCAACGAACUGAUUCAGCGCAAUCGAUGGACUAAGGUUAGCAAUAAUUUACAGACUGGGACGCUUGUUUUGAUUCAUGAAGAAAACAUGCCACCAAUGGUAUGGGUGACAGGUCGCGUAACAAAAACCAUCCAGGGCAAGGAUGGUAAGGUUCGUGUUGCCGAUAUCCAGACAAAAAAGGGGAUCGUUCGUCGUCCAGUUCAAAAACUUGCUAUUUUAUGUGAUCCUUGA